UUCCUCGUUCUCUAGCGCAGGGCGCGGGCGGCCCGAGCAAUCCCGCAGCCAGCGAGCCGGGCGCGCAGCCGCCCACUUGCGCUGUGCCCGCCGCAGCCGAACCCGGCCCAGGCGGGAGCCGAACGGAGAGCGGGGAUCGCGAGCCCCGGCCAGAGCGAGCGCGCGCGGCCGCCGCCGAGUCGGCACCUGGAGGACAUGGAGGAAAGGCCGGCAGAGACCAACGCCAGUGUGGACGACUCAGCGCCCCCCUCGGUGGCCCAGCUGGCCGGGCGAUUCAGGGAGCAGGCGGCCGCUGCAAAGACACCAGCCAGUAAGCCAACAAGAAGGAAACCGCCCUGCUCCCUCUCUCUGUUCCCCCCCAGGGUAGAGCUGGGCCAGAAUGGUGAAGAGAAGUCACCGCCCAAUGCAAGCCACUCUCCUAAAGUCAAGGUGAAGAGCUCGCCUCUGAUCGAGAAGCUCCAGGCCAAUUUAGUCUUUGAUCCAGCGGCCCUGCUGCCUGGGGCCUCACCCAAGAGUCCUGGACUCAAGGCCAUGGUGUCACCAUUUCACAGCCCGCCUUCUACCCCCAGCAGCCCUGGCGUGUGGUCUCGGGCCAGCGAGCCGGAGGAGGUGCCCGUCAGCUUUGACCAGCCUCCUGAGGGCAGUCAUCUGCCCUCUUACAAUAAGGUGCGGACAAGGGGCUCCAUAAAAAGGCGCCCUCCCUCCAGGCGAUUCCGAAGGUCUCAGUCGGAGGACUGUGCGGACCUGGGGGGGCUCAGGGCCGAGGAGUCCUCCCAGGAGAAUGGUGCCAAGGAAGAGAAUGGGGACGAGGUGUUCCUAGCCAAGAGCAAGACCCCAGGAUCCCCUCCUCUGAGGAGGACGCCCAGCUGGACAGAGAAGCAGGAGGAGAAGGGCAGGGCUUUGAGGGUAGCCCAGCAGCACGAAAAGGCCGUGGGGAGCUCCGAGGAGGGGGCCAGCCAACGUCCAGCCCGAGCCUCCAGCCCAGAGGCAGAGGACGGGGGUGGGAGCCCCACGGAGGAGAAACCGGCUGAAGGGCAGAUGGAAGAGCCUACGGAGGUGAAGGAGAGGGCGGCCAGCGAAGAGGAGGAGCCUGAACAAAGCAGCCGAGACACAGAGGGGCUGGAGGAGGGAGCUCUGGGGGAGGAGACCCCCCAAAGCCCCCCUGGAGGAGGGGAGGGCGACCACAGUUCUGAGCAGGGGGCUGGCAAGGAAAAGCAAGAUGACGGGACCAUCCUCGAGCCAGGCUGUGACCCUGUCACUGACCACGUCCAGCCGGACACUAGCAGUGAGGUCCCCAAGACAGAGAAUAAUACCCCUGUCCAGGACACUAAAAUGUGAAGAAGAUCUCACUGUGCCUAGUGAUGAAGCUGCUGGAGCCGUGUCCUUGAAGUAGCAGCAAUGAUUGUAGCGGCAGCAAAGGAAGCCAUCGCAGAAGCAGGAUGGGCUGAGGGUCUGGAGUCAGCCUGAGAACACAGGGUGCCAUUUCCCGACCUCCGCACCAUUGUGGACAGAGAUUGGAUCUGAGGGCAGCAGACUUUUAUCAACUUGAUAAAAGUUGUGUCACUUGAUGGACUUGGUUUAAAAAAAAAAAAAAAACUUAUUUAAAACAAUUUACUAUGGUGACAACUCCCCAGGGAUACUGGUCAAACUGUGGGGCCCAUAUACUGUCCACACCCACCUAACCCUAUAGCUGACCUCAGAACUGGACUGGGAUCUACCUAAUCAGAUUGUGUUUGUGUAAGGUGACAACCUUUUUAUUGUUCUUAAGUUUUCAUGAUUCUCAAGCGUAAGUAAAAACUCAUUUCAAGUAGCUAGAAACAAAGUAGUAUCACUGGAAAUAUAAAUCCUGUAAGUUACAGAAGACCUUAAAUUGUAUGGAGACCCUGAGACGACCUUUCAGCUUGGUCCAGAUUUGACUGGCCAACCAAUUUUGAAAACAUUGGCCGAGAAGAGAUAAUUCUUGAAACAUUGAAAAAUAUGUGUCUGUUCCAGCAACAGGAGCUUUUCCAUCAGGUAAUUCUCUAGCUGGUGAUACACUGGGAGGCGACCAGCUCGGCUCACCUGCUUCUGCCAGGGGGAGAGCAGGCAGAGGCAGGCAGCAACUCCUUUGGAGAGGCAGGAUGUCUCUGUGCUGCAUUUCCUCAUCCUGUAAGCAGAGCAGUGACACCUGGACAAUGCCUGCCCUCUGGUUAGGAUGAAGUUUGUGCUUCCAGAGGGGGAGCCUCGAGCAUGGAUUAGAUUUCUCCUGGGAAGUGCUUUGAGCAUCGUGAUGUGCAAGCUACAUAAUGAGAACGUCCCUCCUGGCUUCCCUGACUUGAAUGGAAACCCAGGCUCUCCUCCCCGACUCAGGAGGGGUGGGGCGGGUCUUCUGUCUGUUCCCCCUGGGUAGCUCUUGCUUCAUCGGUCUGUUCGGAGAGUGCAUGAGGCUUCGCCGGGGACAGGGGGCCUGAUACCCCUUCCUUGACAUAUCCUCUUCCCACACUCCUGCUGAAAGAUGCUCGUCCAAAUAAAUGUUUAAUCUUAAGGGUUGGCCCUUA